AUGUGCGAGAACCGAGGGUUCAAUGUGGACGACUUAAUAGAGCAACUCCACAGAAAGGGUAUUUUUGAGGACCAAAGCGAGGAAUCUCUGGCCGCGAAGAGACUUGCCAUCUUCGCUAUUCUAGGCACCGAACCGAAACGCCACGCCGUCGACCCUGGCGCCAACGAGGACGACAUUGCCCACCUUCUCGGAGAAGUGCUCCUCUCGUUCCGCCUGAUGUUCGGCCAGUCGCCGGCAUCGCGCCGGCUAUUCCGCUCCGUUUUCGAACCGGGUGAUGGCGCAUGCUCGCGACCCGACACGCUGCUCCAGUACCUCUGCUCCGAAAAGCGACUCGGCUCCGCCGCCACUGGGUUCCGUCCGACAGGGCGGCAACGGCAGUGGGUGGAUCCCUAG